AACCUCCGUAGAGUUUACCCACUUAAAAUCACCAACCAUUUCAUGCGGCCACUGCCCAACGCCAUGCAUGUACUCGUACGACGGUGUACGUCCAAGGUAACACAAACUCAGUUGAUGUGCUCGUGUAAGUCGGCCUUGUUGGUUGAUGCCUUAUCUCUUCCCCCUCAUCCACGCCCAAGUCCAAGUGUGUCUCAGAUUUCGCUCCUUCGUCCCGAGACAUUUUGACUGAUACUGCUGAUUGCUAUGAAUAACACACUGCUCCCGAGUCAAUCACAGACAUGGCCUCAAAACGACUAUCUAAAAUUAAGAAAGUCUUAUCAAAGCUUGGGAAGAUUUUCAAGUGCAAAAAGCAACAACCAAUGGAGCCACAGUCUCAAACGGAGCCUGAGACAGUUUCGAAAGCUCUGGAGGCUGAGUCCUGGGCGGCAGCUCCUACUGCACAAACGAUCACUUUACCAACGAACACAUCCGACGCGGCCCCUGUUAUACCCGAGACAUCAAAUCUAAGUCAGUCGAAGAUAGUCGAGACAUCGCUUUGGGACCGCGCAUAUGACGGCCUUAGGGAGAAGGAUAGGAAGCUAAUCGACGUAUACGAGCGUCUACUAUCCAGAGAGUUGCCAACAAGUACCAAUACAAAGAGUGGCACACAUUUCGACGAUACUCGACAGGUUUCUUCACCUGCUGUACAUGACAAUGUCGAUGAAAAAUACAUAAAAAAUGAGAACCAGAUUGACAGCGACAAUCUCAAUCGUCGAGGCCAGUUGCAUAAAAUCACCCGCAACGGACUGCAGCAGUUGGAUAAGAAGAGGGCCAAAUACAAUAUAUUUGGCCAGGAGUUCAUAUUGCGUGACCAAUUGACACAGGCUACUCGGCUCAUCCAAACCAUCAAGGAUGUCAUUGACGAUGCCGUUAGGGUAUCCCCUGAAGCCUCUCUAGCAUGGGCUGGCAUCUGCGUCAUUCUUCCCAUCUUCAUGAACCCCAGCGCCGCAGAAGAGGCCAGUCGUGAUGGUUACAUAUACGUCACCUCUCGCAUACGCUUCUAUGUCAAGCUGGAGACUCUGCUGCUGAAGAGCAAGACGCUGCACGAUUCUGGCAUACAUGUCGAGCUUGAGGACAGUCUCUUGGCACUGUAUCAGCUAAUCAUUGAUUUCCAGAUCAGGACCGUUCGACGUGUCUAUCUAACACGUCUUGAGAGACUGGCAGAGGACGCGGUUGGACACGAAGACUGGAAGGGCAUGAUGGCUAGAAUCCAAGAGUCGGAAAAGUUGUUCAGCAAAGAUUACAAACUAAUCAAGGAUGUGCCAAUGAGAGCAGCCCUAGAGGAGCUGAAUGGCAAUGCAGAAAAGUUGGCAGCGGACAUUGAUUCUAUGCUGUCUUCCCUGGUCAAGGAGAGUCGCAAUGUGCCUACGUUUGCGUUUCAAAAUGAGGGUUCGGGUGAUCAAUUCAACGCGACAGGCGGGAUCCAGUAUAAUGCGACUGGCAAUGGCAAGCACUUCACUGGGGCAACUUUUAGUGGAACUGUACACUUCUAGUUUGAAGACAAUGUUCAAAAUGGCUGUGCUUUCAUUCAUGUAAACGCUAGCAAAUUGA